UUUUUUUUUCUUUUUUUUCUCUCUUUUCUAUAUUGCCUUCUUUUUCACUUUUUAUUUAUUUCCCCUUAUUAAUUCUAUGGAGUCGUUUUUAUCUACAUUACCACCUUAUGUACAUCAAUAUAUUAAUAAAUAUCCACCUACUGAAUGUUUUACUGUGUUGAAAGAACUCAUCUGUUUUGCUGUCUUAUAUUCCAAUGACCGCGAACGUAUCAACCUUUUAUCUGUUGACUUGUUACAAAAGGGUGCUGAUGAAGCCAUAGCUCACAAACCUUAUUAUUCGUCUUCAUUAUCAUCCUUAGCUUCCACUCCCAUGUUAGCUUCUCCUGUACAAACCUCUCAACAAUUGGUACCUUCUGAUAUCAUUAACAAGACAAUGCCUUCCAUUCUGAAACAACAAGAAGACCAACCGCACCUUGAAUGCAAACCCAUUAUGGAAGAAGACGACAUGUACAGUGCAUCAUUAGGAAGGCCAGCUUUAGGUUCUCCAACUCAGGAACCAACUCAACAUUCAAUGCCUUCUUCUUCUUCUCCUCCAGUAGCUGGCAAACCAUCAGAAAAAUCAACAAUGCCUUAUACUUUUCCUGAAUGGUGGGGACAUCAUGAUACUGACAAUAUCACCAAAGGUAACAACAACGACAACAAUAAUAACACCAAAACUACUUCCAAUGAUCAACUUAGUGUUUCAGAACGCAAGUCAACCACUAAGGAAAUGAAUAUUACAACUUGGAUACCAGUUGAACUUGAUGAUACUCCAAAAUCAAAUAGAAACUCAUCAAGACCAACCAGUGUUCAUAAUCCUACGAUUCCAGAUUUAAGAUCAUACUUGGACUCUAGCAAAGGCAAGAAAUCACAAGUACAACAGACCAAAGAUUCAGCAAAGGCAACAAGACGCAUGUCAGCACCUGUCCCACCUCGAUGUGAAUCACCUAUUACCGUGACACCAUCCAAACAAGUCAUCAAAUCAUCAGUCUCACCUACUGGUCAAAAAAUGAGUCGUACACCUUCGAUCAAGUCAUCAUCAUCCUCGGUUACUUCCUCCCCACCACCUACCGCAUUGUCCAGAUCUAGUUCCACAAGAACAACAUCAUCCACGGCAUCCACAUACCGCCCUGGUCAAACAGCUACUGUCCGUGCAAGAGCCGAAGCCGCCAAACAACGUCAACUACAAUUGGAAGAAGAGAAACGGAAACAAGCAGCCUCAUUGACUUCACGUACCAGUUUACGACUCAAACAACAGGCCACCUCGGGCAUCGAUUGGGAUGCUAUCAAAAAAGGUCGACGAAAAACCAUGCCCGCCUCCUCUACUGCCGCCACUGUACCCUAGUUAGUUAUAAUUGAUUCCAUAUCUCCUAUCAUUUAAAACAGAAAUAAACAAUUCUAUCAUCUCCCUCCUUUUUCUUGUUGUUUUCUAUAGACCUCCUUUGGGUUUCGCAAAAAAAAAAAAAAUCAUUUCAGGAGAUUUCAACUAAACUAACAAAGAUAAAAUGAAA